AAUAGAAGCUCCUCCGAUGAAGGACGGCCGCCCGCACGACGCGACGGCUAACCGCCGCUUGACCCGUGGGAGCGAAGUCAAGCACGCGCUUGCCCAUGUCGCGCGCGCACACACACACGACAGCGGCCGGCCAGACGGAGACCCGUCGUCGCGGUUGACGUUGAAUUCCACCGCGCGCGCAGCAGCUAGGACACACUUGUCGCUCGCUGCUGCUCGACAGCCGAACCCAUCUGCGCCGGUCAGCUAGCAGCCACAGAGAGUGGUAUGUGAGCAGAGCACGUCACGUUUCCUAAUCCUCGCUACUAGUACGCGCGUGGCCCGGUCCGGCCGGCGGCCCCGACGUCGCGCCGCCAGAGUCUUUCUCUGACUGUUUGGCGCGUGAGCGAGCGAGCAGGGAAGUCUUUCUCUGCUGUCCCCGGCGGCGUGGGGUGCCUGGUCUUUGGUUGUGCUAGCUAACUCGUUAGAGCCUAGAUGCCGCCGGCCGCCGCGCCGUGGUCGUGGGCGUGCUGCGGCCGCAGGAGGAAGAGCGCCGGGGGCGGCGCGGGGGACGGCGACGGCGCCGGCGCGUCGGGGCGGGACGGUGACCAGUGGACGCUCUUCAUCGACCUGCCCGUGCUGGAGGCCGCCACCGCCGGCUUCUCCGACGGCAACCUCCUCGGCCGCGGCGGCUUCGGCCCCGUCUACAAGGGCGUGAUGGAGGGCGGGCAGGAGAUCGCGGUGAAGCGGCUGUCGCUGGAGUCGCGGCAGGGGGUGCGGGAGUUCCUCAACGAGGUGCGGCUGCUGCUCAAGGUGCAGCACCGCAACCUGGUCUCCCUCCUCGGCUGCUGCGCCGCCGCCGGCCAAAAGAUGCUCGUCUACCCAUACUUCCCCAACGGCAGCCUCGACCACAUCCUCUUCGAUCAGUAUACAGAGCAUAGAAGAGCUGCUCUGUUAUCUGAACCUGCACUGCAUCGCAUACUUUCAGACAGGGAGAAGAGGGUGCAGCUAGACUGGCCAAAACGGUACCAAAUUAUCCUCGGACUAGCGAGGGGCCUCCUGUACCUCCACGAAGAGUCUCCGGUGAAGAUCAUCCACAGGGACAUCAAGGCGAGCAACGUGCUCCUCGACGACAAGCUGAACCCCAAGAUCUCGGAUUUCGGCAUGGCGAGGCUCUUCCUCGAAGACGCGACGCACGUAAACACGUUCAGGAUCUCUGGCACAUAUGGUUAUAUGGCCCCGGAGUACGCGAUGAACGGGUACCUGUCGACCAAGACCGACGUUUUCAGCUUCGGGAUGCUCGUGCUGGAGAUCGUCAGCGGGAGGAAGAACAUCGACCGGCAUCUCGGCGACGAGAAAGUCGACCUGUUGAACUACACAUGGAAGCUGUCAGAGGAAGGCCGGCCACUGGACAUCGUGGACCCGGGCCUGUCCGGCUGGGACGCCGGCGAGGUGGCCAUGUGCGUCCAGCUCGGGCUGCUGUGCUGCCAGGCCGUCGUGUCGGACCGGCCGGACAUGUACAGCGUGCACCUCAUGCUGUCCAGCGACUCCUUCACGCUGCCCAAGCCCGGGAAGCCGGCGGUGCACGGCCGGGUCGGCCGGUGGAAGAGCACCACCGGCUCGGCCUCCAGCUCCGCCUCCGGCGCGAACACGAACACCACGUUCGCCACCGACACGACCAAGGCCUCGACGCUGGGAAACAUCGCUGAAGAUGAAUCCAGGAACUCCAUUUCCAUAUCCUUCACCACUGAAGGCCGGUAAAAAAUGGUACUCUAGUAAGAAAUCAGACGGUGUAGUGAUGGCGCGACCGUGCGAGUGGAUAAUGCACUCUAGAUCUAGUACAGGAGGCAGUGAUGGUUCCAGAAGCAUCCGGUCCAGUUUUCUUUUACCGUUUUUACUAGCUUUUCCAUUUUCUCCUGUUUUAAAUAUGUUCAGAAAUUUCAGGGUUUAUUUGGAAAUCAGAAAAUGUUAGGAAAUUUCAAAUCUUAUUUGGAAUAUUUUUUAGAAUGAUUCUUUUUGCAAAA